GAACUCGAUAGAACCCACAAAAACGACCAACUAUCCACCCCCCCCUCACCCGCAAUCAUUACCCACACAUAUCCACCCUCUAAAACACCCCCAAUCAACCCAUAACCAAACAAUGCCCCCCAAAAUUCACUCAGUAUCCCUAUCGCCAACCCACUCCUUCUCCAAGAGGCCCGUCGCCUCCAUAACCCUCGUGCAAGGCUACGGCGUAAGCGGGGACUCCCACGCCGGCGCCACAAUCCAACACCUAAGCCGACAACGCACCAAUCCGUCCGCACCUAAUCUACGCCAGGUGCACUUUAUAUCUCGUGAAUUCCUCUCGACGCUUAGUCGUGACAGCGAAGAACCCGUCAAUCCCGGAGACCUAGGGGAGAACAUAACGACCUCAGACAUUGAUGUUUUGAGGUUGGGCAGGGGUGAUCGGUUGAGGUUUGUUAAGGAUGGAGUGGAAGGGGAGGAGGGGACAGUGGUGGUAGAGAUCACGGGGCUAAGGAAUCCGUGCCCGCAGAUUGAAAGGUUUAGGAAGGGGCUGCAGGAGAAGUGUGUUGUACGGCAGAAAGAGGGUGGCAGGAUUGUGCAGAGGAAGGCCGGGGUUAUGGGGGUUGUACUUCUUGGGGGCGAGGUAGAGGCUGGGAUGAGAAUUUUGGUGGAGCCAGCAGAGGGCGGGAGGGUUCCGUUGGAGGUUGUGUAGGGGGAGGUGUUUUUUUACCGUGAAUCGUGAUGGGGUGUGGAUGGUGAUCUUGGUUGGCUUAUUCUCUUCUUUUUUUUUUUUUUUAGCUAUCAGAUUAUGGAUUACGGAACGGAAGACACUUAUCGCGGAGAGAGGACCGCUAGGUCUGCAGGUUUUCUCGCAUGCGCGGGGAAGCAGAAUUGAGGUCUGGACACGCUGCAAUCCCAAAGUGAAGCUGAGGGCAUUUAGUUUGUUUUUUGUGCGAAGUGGAAGCUAUCGAGCGUGAGUGAGUGGUUAUGACGGAUUAUGAAUAGAUCACGGGAGGUGACCCGUAGAAACGUUUUGUCGUUGGAAUGGCUCAUUUGUUAGAUUGUUCAACUUGGGCAUAGC